CUCGCUCCAUGAUGACCGUAACACACAACACAUCACAGGUCGACGUCGAUGUUUUACGGCAUUUGAAAUGGUACAAGACAGACCCCAUUAGGGACGGUUCUGGACGGGGCAGUAACUCCUUGGAAUGUCUGUACCUUGCCGGAGGCCGUCCGGUCGCCUAUCGACUGCCAUUGCAAGUGGUAAAUGAGUCGGCUCUCCCGGAGCUCUCGGAACAGUAAAAACGCAUUUGUCUCGGCGACAGCCUGUUUCGUGUGCGUGUGUGUGUGUGUCUGUUAUCGUUAUCAGCAACCAGGCUAGUCGCUAGUCUACGCGGUACCAUGUGCGGGAGGAUGGGACGCAUUGCAAGCGAAACACUUGCGACGCGUGGAGGGUAGCGUUGUUAGUUUAGUGACGAGUGUACAACGUGGAGCAGUGGUGUACUCUCCACGCCAUAGAACGUGUACCCAGUUUGCUUCUUCGGGCCCCGGCGAGUGAUAGCGAACAGAGGCCAUCUUCGUAAGCGAGCGUGGUAAGAUAACAGCUGGUGUAACAACGGCUCCAGCAACGUGGAGUGCCUUGGUUGGAAGAGAAAUUACUGAUAUUUCCACAGGCACAGCAUCUGGACGUGCGGUGCGGCUUUUGGGAUGGGAAUUGCGAGAAAGUAAAGGCGUACGAAGAAAAGAAAAAAAAAUACACGGAAAGGUUGUGAAUAGCAAACGAAGAAAACGAAGAAUAAAAUGUUACAACGUUGAUGGUGAAGCAGGAAGAGACCACUCUAGGAGUACUCGAAAGCGGCGCAGUAUCAGUGGAGUGGAAUUAGUGGCUCAGUUAGUGACGCAAACAAAAAAAAACGGAAGCAUUUCCCAGGAACAUCCCAACCGCAGCCACGCACAUGUGCCAGCGAAAUUGCCCGAUUUAAUUCAACAAAAGAAAUUGUGAAACAUAUCAACACACACAAACACAUCACGCGCAACCGAUGCAUCAUCAAUUGUAAUUGUAAGGAGGAAAACGGCAUUUUGGCACAGUUUGGUGCUAAUUUUAUGCGACGCAAACUUGACGAAAGGUUCGGUAUUUACUCAGCCAACGAGCCAACAUCAAAGGCUUGGUACCGUCCGUGGCGGGCGUUGUCUGAGGCGCACGGACAGCGAUACGGAGCGAUGUGCCGCAGGUGAUCGUACGUUGAUAGAAACGUAACACUCGAUCACUGUCUUCAACAAAAACGCUUCAGGAAUAAUUCGCGAGGAAGCCGCUUCUAACACAUAUCGUACGGUACAGGCGAUUUACUUACAUUUAGCCCGGAAAGCACUGCCAGCAACAACAAAAAUGGCGCUGCUUGGUAGACGGAGAUCGUCCUUCCUGAAGCUGGCCGCCCUGUGCGGUGUCGUAUGGUUUAUGGCCGUGUUUGUGCUCUACUCGGACGAUGCGAAUAGGGCCGGCGGCCCGAGCGGCAGCGGUUCGGCGGCGAGCGGUGGCGGAGCGAUCGAGUACGAGACGCCGCGACGGCUGCCGCUGGAAGGCAUACGGAACAAGUUCAACCAGUUUAUGGAGAACGCACGGCUGGAUGCAAAUCGGCCGGAUCCGGCCGUGCCCGAGGUGGUGCCGGACGUGAACUUUGUCGAUCACAACCGGGUGGAGGACGGCGAUGAGGGGGAGGGAGGUGCGGGAGGCGUCGAUCCGGAUCUGGAUGAGCCGCCGGUGGUGAAGACGGUCAAGGAGCUGCCGUCGAAGCCGAGCCGGCCCCAGUCACACUCGCCGCCCGCCAGUGGUAACGGUGUCCCUGGUGCUCUCGCUUUGCCCGGCGUUAUCGCGCCCCCGAGCGACGGACCGGGCGAGCUGGGCAAGCCCGUGGUGCUGCCGAAAGAACUAACGCCGGAGGUGAAAAAGCUGGUCGAUGACGGAUGGGCCAAGAAUGCGUUCAACCAGUACGUGGCGGACAUGAUCUCGAUCCGCCGCACGCUGCCCGAUCCGCGCGACGCGUGGUGCAAGGAGCCGGACCGCUACAUGGACGAUCUGCCGCCGACGUCCGUCAUCAUCUGCUUCCACAACGAGGCGUGGUCGGUGCUGCUGCGCACCGUUCACUCGGUGCUCGACCGUUCGCCGGACCAGCUCGUGAAGGAGGUGAUACUGGUCGAUGAUUUCUCCGACAUGCCUCACACCCAGAAGCAGCUGGAGGACUAUUUCCUCGCCUAUCCGAAGGUGAAGAUCGUGCGUGCUGCCAAACGCGAGGGUCUCAUUCGUGCCCGUCUGCUCGGUGCUCGACAUGCGACGGCACCAGUCCUAACAUAUCUUGACUCUCACUGCGAAUGUACUGUCGGAUGGCUGGAGCCGUUGCUUGAUCGUAUCGCCCGCAACUCGACGACGGUCGUCUGUCCCGUGAUCGACGUGAUCGACGACAACACGAUGGAGUAUCACUACCGCGACUCGGGCGGUGUGAAUGUCGGUGGUUUCGAUUGGAACCUGCAGUUCAAUUGGCACGCCGUGCCGGAACGGGAGAAGCGCAAGCACAAGAGCCCAGCGGAGCCCGUUUGGUCACCAACGAUGGCGGGCGGCCUGUUUGCGAUCGAUCGUGUAUUCUUCGAGCGGCUCGGCACGUACGACUCCGGGUUCGACAUCUGGGGCGGUGAAAACUUGGAGCUCUCCUUCAAGACGUGGAUGUGUGGCGGUUCGCUCGAGAUUGUGCCUUGUUCGCACGUUGGACACAUUUUCCGGAAACGCUCACCGUACAAGUGGCGAACGGGUGUGAAUGUGAUCAAGCGCAACUCGGUCCGGCUGGCGGAGGUGUGGAUGGAUGAGUACGCACAGUACUACUACCAGCGCAUUGGUAACGAUAAGGGUGAUUACGGUGAUGUAAGCUCGCGCAAGAAGCUGCGCGAAGAGCUCGGCUGCAAGUCGUUCCGGUGGUACCUGGACAACAUCUAUCCGGAGCUGUUCGUGCCCGGCGAUGCCGUUGCUUCGGGCGAGGUAAGAAACAUGGGUUACGGUAACCGAACCUGUCUCGAUGCGCCGGGCGGCAAGCGGAACCUGCGGAAACCGGUCGGACUCUACCCGUGCCACAAUCAGGGUGGCAAUCAAGGCUUGUUGGGCGCUCCCGAUCAACACAUGUUCUCCCGUUACUGGAUGCUGAGCAAAACGGGCGAGAUCCGGCGGGAUGAGGCGUGCCUUGACUACGCGGGCGAUGACGUGGUGCUGUACCCGUGCCACGGUUCCCGGGGCAAUCAGUACUGGAACUACUCGGACCAGUCGCACCUGCUGCGCCACGGCUCGUCCGACAGGUGUUUGGCGAUCAACGAGGCGAAGAACAAGCUGAUCAUGCAAGACUGUAAUGCGGCCGUCGAGGCCCAGCGGUGGUCCUUCCAGAACUACGACGCCAGCAAGCUGUGAGGAGGGGCAGGAGAGGCACACGACUAAGCUCCUUCGGUGCUGUCACCGAAGUCCUCAGCAGAAAGGUGGGGAGAGAGAAAAAGAACUUCCGGUUCCUCAAGCACUAUCGCCAGCAACUUGGAGCUAUCUCAGGAGCUAAUUUCAGGAUUUGCACCAUGAGUCUGACACAAGACUCUCUCCCUUUCUCCUUCCAAACCAUGGGCCUAGUUCCAGGGAAAUCACACACAGACAACACACGCAGCAUUCCUUUCUUCGUAUGCUUCCUUCAAUCAAUUCCAACCACAUUUACAAUCCCGGGGUCGGGUCGUCGCGACGAGCGAAUCAGCGAAGGAGCGUUUAGGAUUGAUUUUUAAUUAAUGUGAUGUUUUUUUUUUAUAUACAUAACUAUGUUAGGGCAAAACAUUGCGGGAUAGAAGCAUACAAAAGCCCGUGCUCAACUUGCCAAGUUUGUGCGAGAAAAAAAAAACCCCCGUUCUAAAGGGCAACGCGUGUGAGUGAAAAUGAGUUUGUUUCCCCUUCUGUUGUACAUAUUUAAGUAGGCAUCGAUGGAUCGCGGCAGAAGCGAAAGCCGACUUGAGAGUCUUUUAUUCCAAGUAUAGCAAGGCACUUUGCACUUGUUUGGUGUGUGUUUCUGUUUGUUUUUUUUUGUGUAAUUGUUUUAGAUACUUUUGCUGAUUUUGCAUUCCGCAACAAUUUUCUUCCACUAUCGUAUAGUUGUUAGACUUUUAGUUUGUAAGGUCCUAGAGUGAAUUCACCCUCUCGGAUACGUUUUAUUUAAUGUAUAACCUAAUUUGUUUCCCCUUUUUUUUUGUUUGUUUGUUAGUUAGCAGAAACACUUGCAUGUGACUACAAAAUUUAAAAAAAAAACACACAUUAUGUGACUGCCAUAAAAAAAGAAAGUAAACUGCAGAGGGAACGCAAAACUCCCUGCUAGCAAUAGAAAGCGCACGAAUACGAAAUGGCGCAAAGUGUGCAAUUGAACGCGAGAGAACAGCAGUGGGAUUGUCCCAGCGGAAACGGAAUAGUUUAAUAGUAGUGAAGAAGAAGAAGAAUAGUGGAAUGUUUGAAGAAUGGCAAGGUGAAGCUCCAGCUCCUAGCAAGAACAGACACAAUGCAAACAAUCGUCAAGACUUAGGUACAGAAAGAUUUCAAACACUGGUUGAGAAAAAAAAACUACAAAAACACACAUUAAUGAACCAAUUCUCAAUGAAUGCAACAAUUGCACAACAACAACAACAACAAAACAGGGCAAAUCAACUACAGACCGAUCGAAAGACAAUCUUUACAAGAAAAUGCAUACAAAACUCCAACACUACGAAACAGUACCAGCAGCAAACGACACCAUACUGAUCCACUGGGCUUGUGGUAGGUGAAUUCAUUGUUCUUCACAGCUUCCGAGGAAGUACAACAAAUUUGCUCAAAAUUAACAGAAAUAAUAGAGUUUCUUUCCAUUUCAUGCUACUACUCGUUUGUACAGAUGAAGAAGAAGAAAAGAUAAGCCGUUUCAAGAGAAAAUGUUAAGGAAUGUGUCAGAAGGGAAGAUAAAACAAGUAGAAAAGAGUAGGAGAGUGAUUUAUUUUAUGUAAAAUACACACACAUAUCAAAGAGGAGGGAUAAAUGCAAAUGAAUGAACCCAACAUCUCCUCAAAAGCUGACGAUCGUGAAGCCGUAAAACGACAACCAUUCCAAUGUUUUUAAAACGUAACCCCCCCAAUAUCGAACGAUUAAUUAAACCCUUCGUUAGUAGUAGAGCCUCGUCUCACACACGUGCUCGUCACAUAUCGUCAAAUUACGACAAACAGUAGAAGAGAGAAAACGAACCUCCUGUAUAUCAAUGUUAACUCCCCUGCAAAACCGAACGAACUUCUCUCCCAUCAUCAUUCCUCAACCAAUCAUAUCGAGAUUGGGUCUCGUUUUAUAGAAUGAACCGUUUAGCAAUAAUCAAUCAACGAACGAAGCUGCUGCAACAAAACAAACUCUUCCAUGGAUCCAUAUCCUUAUACACCCGACACCUUGUGUGGUUUGUUUUUAUUUACAUCCUACGAUGUAGUUUUGGGGUCGAAAUAGUUACACAAACUUUACAAUGUUUCUUUUUCCUUCUAAAAAGAAAGAAGCGUUAUCAAACUGUUAGUUUUGCGUCCAGUUAUCCUGCUCUGUAGUAUUGUUCAGCUGCAUGAGAAGCACGUGUGUGUGUGUAUGUGUAUGUGUGCAGUACAGUUAGAUGUGUAAAAACCCCAACAAAACCGACACAUAGCAAACUAUAUGAAAAGCGAAGAAACGAGCCCGUUUCUCUACAUGUGCCUUUUUAAAAUUCAUGCAUUACGCACCUACAAGUGGGGCAGUGAACAGACUAGACAGAUACUACUCUAUCGGAAUGCGUCUGGGGGGCGGUGCAACCUUAUCUCUGUAGUCUCUUUGCCACCCAACCCCCUACCCAAGCAAAAGGGAAGAGAAAGCGGUACGAGCAGUAAAUGGUUUCCAUGUGCAAUUGCGUGCAAUGAUACAAUUCCUUCUCUCGGUAGACUUCCAGCACACGGUGAAGCAUGUGUGUAUGUGUGUGUGUGUGAGAGCAUGUAUGUAUGUGUGUGUACGUGUGUGUGUGUGUGUGGGUUGAAAGACCGAUUAGCUCAUAUGUAUGUAUAGAUGAUAUAUUGAACGUAUUUUUUAGUUUGAUCUUGUACACGGAACGAAACAGUAUGGCAUUGCGUUCUACGGUAUCAUUGAGGCAAUUGUACUUUAAUAGGAACUGAACCGAGAGGAAAAGGAGGUGGAACUUUCCUAAAAAAAACACAAAACAAAACCAGCGAUAAUAUGAAGAAAGUAAGCGCGUCGAAAAAUGAACGGAAACCUCUUCCCCACAUUGUAAAUAGUUAAGUAUGAUGCGAAAAAAAAACUUAUAAAACAUACACACAUCAACAAAAAAAGUAAAGUAAACCUGUAAUCAACAACGUAUAAACAAACAAAAAGAAGAAGUAAAAACAUACACAUAUCUUUUACGAAAACAAACCCCACUGCAGCAACAGACGGGUUGAGGAUGAAGAAACUGCAUAAAACAUCGAUUUAUCUAAUAUUCAAUCACAAAAUGAUGUUUUUUUUAUAGAAGGCAACGCAUUGGGGCUGCCCUAAACACACAUCACAACUCCUUUCUAGGCGUGAUCAUUUGUGCGGCUCGAUGCUACUGAAAACCUAUCGCUUUUUCACUAGACGGGGGGAAAAUUACUAUUCAUUCCCAGCAGAAACACACGAACAUGAUGAAACCUUUUUGUAAAUCAUUACUUAAGACAACGGAAAGUACAUCGAAAACAAGACGAGUGAAACGAAUCACACAGCUUAGGCAACAGGCGUGAAAGGCGUGGGCAAACAAGUGAAAGCCAAAUGGU